AAGGAGUAAUUGGCUGCUAGGUGGACCACUGCCCCGCAAACUGGACCCGUGUUUGAUGGAGGAGAUGAUUUAGCAUAAGUAUCGGGAUAUUAAUUUACCUUUUGUCUUCGGGGGGAAGAGUUUAUCAACCUCUGGAUCGCCAAAAUUUAGGACCCAGCUGCCCCUCUCCAUUUGAACCGUUAUAACCUCCUCAUACUAGAACCUGAAGCUGAAAUAAUGGAGAAGUCAAGAUGCAGGAAACAGUUAGCAUUCAGCCUUCUGUUUGGGUUGUGGUUUACCUGCUGUUUGGCCCAGACUACACCGUCAAACACAGCCACGCCGGCGCCCACGCCAUCCCCGUCCCCCAAGCCCCAGACCGAAAGGAUAAAGAUCAGACUGACUGGAUACCCACGUAAACACAACGAAGGUCGGAUAGAGCUUUUCUACAAGGGAGAGUGGGGAACCAUCUGCGAUGACGACUUCUCAAUAGCUAACGCCAACGUGCUCUGUCGCCAGUUGGGCUUCGUCUCGGCCACAGGAUGGACCCACAGUGCUAAAUAUGGCAAGGGCCAAGGGAAAAUCUGGCUGGACAACGUCCUGUGUAACGGAGGUGAGAAGAGCAUUGAAUUCUGCAAGUCUCGUGGAUGGGGCAACAGUGACUGCACUCAUGAUGAGGAUGCAGGAGUGGUGUGCAAAGACGAGAGGAUUCCUGGCUUUGUGGACUCAAAUGUUAUUGACGCUCAUGUCGAUGAGAACAAGGUGGAGGAGGUGCGACUCCGGCCCGUGGUUGCCUUGGCCAAGAAGAGGCUGCCCAUCACAGAGGGCGUGGUGGAGGUGAAACACAAAGACGGCUGGGCACAGAUCUGCGACCUGGGGUGGACGAUAAAAAACACACGUGUGGUCUGCGGUAUGCUGGGAUUCCCACAUGAGAAGAAAGUCAACAAGAACUUCUACAAACGUCUGAAAAAGCGAGCGGCUGAGAAGGUCUCCAGGCCAAAGGUUAAUGUUUCAGCCGGUGGAAGGCCGACAUCCAAAGCUAAAGCUAACGCUAAGUCUAAACAGAGCAGCCCUGGCAAAAGGUUGUAUUUGGAGCGUCAGAAGAGCUACUUCCACGUUCACUCUGUGGCGUGCACGGGCACAGAGGUCCACCUGGCAGCCUGCCCCCUGGAGUUCAGCAAGCCAAACGCGACAUCGACCUGCGCCGGCGGCACGGCGGCUGUGGUCAGCUGCAUGCCGGGGCCCCUCUUCAUGCAGAGCAGUGCCAUAAAAAAGAAACUUAAAACUUCGAGCAACGUGAGGCUGAAGGGAGGUGCCAGGGUGGGCGAGGGUCGGGUGGAGGUGCUGAAAAACAACGAAUGGGGAACGGUGUGCGAUGAUCGCUGGAACCUGCAGUCAGCCAGCGUCGUCUGCAGGGAGCUCGGCUUCGGCAGCGCCAAGGAGGCUCUCACCGGAGCCCGUAUGGGACAAGGAAUGGGUCCGAUCUACAUGAACGAGGUGAAGUGCCUCGGACAGGAGAAAUCCAUCUGGAACUGCCCCUUUAAAAACAUCACAUCGGAGGACUGCCAGCACAUGGAGGACGCGGCUGUCCGCUGCAACGUGCCCUACCUGGGCCUCGAGAACUCGAUCCGACUCACAGGAGGACGGACCCGUUACGAGGGCCGUGCGGAGGUGCUGAGCACAGACUCUAAUGGGACGCAGAGCUGGGGUCUAAUCUGUGGAGAGACCUGGACCACCAAUGAGGCCACGGUGGCCUGCAGGCAGCUGGGCUUGGGCUACGCCAACCAGGGCCUGCAAGAAACCUGGUACUGGGACAGCAGCAAUGUGACGGAGAUGGUGAUGAGCGGUGUGAAGUGCACGGGCAGCGAGAUGUCUCUGAGUCAGUGCCAGCAUCACAAAACCGUCAGCUGCCAGAAGUCUGCAGCAAAGUUUGCAGCAGGAGUCAUCUGUUCUGAAACGGCCUCUGACCUCGUCCUGAACGCCUCUCUGGUCCAGCAGACGGUUUACAUCGAGGAUCGCCCUCUGCACAUGCUCUACUGUGCUGCCGAGGAGGACUGCCUGUCCAAAUCUGCAGCCAAGGCCAACUGGCCCUACGGACACCGACGCCUGCUCCGCUUCUCCUCCCAGAUCCACAACAUCGGUCGGGCUGACUUCAAGCCAAAGGCUGGGCGGCACUCGUGGGUCUGGCACGCCUGCCAUGGCCACUACCACAGCAUGGAUAUUUUCACCCACUAUGAUCUGCUGAACGCCAACGGUACCAAAGUGGCGGAGGGACACAAAGCCAGUUUCUGCCUGGAGGACACAGAUUGUCAAGAGGGUGUUUCUAAGCGGUACGAAUGUGCCAACUUUGGCGAUCAGGGCAUCACUGUGGGCUGCUGGGAUUUAUACCGUCACGACAUCGACUGCCAGUGGAUCGACAUCACGGACGUCAAACCUGGAAACUACAUUUUUCAGAUUGUGAUCAAUCCAAAUCACGAGGUGCCUGAGAGCGACUUCACCAACAACGGCAUGAAAUGCAACUGCAAAUAUGACGGACAUCGAAUCUGGCUCCAUAACUGUCACACUGGUGAUGCGUUCAGUGAGGAGGCAGAGAGGAGGUUUGAGAAAUACCCCGGGCAGCUGAAUAACCAGGUUUCUUAAUCAACAAUCACAUUAACAACAACAUGAGAGCCAAAGUGGGGGUUUAAAGAGUAAAAACACACCUCAUUAGCUCAAAAGGAAAGACACGAACCCGUAGUUUUCAAUGGAUUCCGCAACAUAUCUCAGAUAAUGGAGUCAUAGAAGAAGCCAGCAGUAUUUUUACUCUGCUAAAUGUCGUAUGUCUGAGUUAUUAUACUUGAAUAUUCAAGUGUUUUCGUUCUGGAGUUUCUUUUCUCAGUCUAAUGUGAGCUAAUGCUAUAUUUUCUAUCACAAAGGAGGAUUUUAUAAAGUCAGUCUGUGUAUGAUUCAUGUACAGCCUUCUAUUGAAUGUUCUGAGUUAUGAAUGAGGUAUUUUUUUAUAACCAGUGUUUGUUUGUACUGGGAGCAGGCUGGUUCAGAACUACCUGAGCUGUUAGCAUCAAUUACAGCACAUUUAAAGAGCAGAGGCAUGAACGGGAACAAAGGCAGCUCUGUGCAGCUCUUACUGGUCUUGAGUGCAGCUUCAUACUGGGUAUUAUGGACAGACGAGGCGGACUGUCCCGUUUUUAAAAACCUGCAGGUGCAUCAGAGGAUAAUUCACUCUGAUAAUGAACAUGGUGCUCAAGAGAAAACAUUUUCACAUCAAUCCCUGUUCAGUUUUCUGCCAUCUUUGUUCACUGAAAUGGUUUUGCUUCGAGUCAUAACACUAUUUUGUGAAUGUAUUUAUUGCUAAUAUCAAGGUGCUCAAGAACAACACUUGUUCAUUAGCAUUAUUGUAAGUUUGAAGGGCUUUGGAACAAGUUCGAAGCCACCUUUAGCUUUAGUCUGUAUGUAUUAAUAAUAGUCAUUUAGAGUCAGAGCAUAGAUGUUAUUGGGCAAAGACAAAAAACGGCAAUUACCCUCAAGGAUAGCUGUAUGUAUGCUGAUGUAAUCACACCCGCUGCACCAAAUAAAAAGGAGAGGAAUAAUAACUGUGCUG